ACAUGUUUUUUAAUUUUUUGUUUGAAGAUGGCCGAGGACAAGAAGGAGGACAAAAAGGUGGUGAAGAAGAAGAGGCAUGCGAGCCGCAACCCUCAGCUGGCUCGUGGGAUCGGGCGAUAUUCUCGGUCCGCGAUGUUUGCCAGGAGGGCCUUGUAUAAGCGCAAGACCCGUGCCCCAGUGACCAAGAUUGAGAAAAAAGUAAAGGAAAAGCCACGCAUGACAGUCACAAAGACUGUUGGGGGAGAUAAAAAUGGAGGGACCCGUGUGGUCAAAGUUCGCAAGAUGCCUCGCUACUACCCCACUGAAGAUGUCCCACGCAAGCUGCUGAGCCAUGGCAAGAAGCCAUUUUGCCAGCACAAGAGAAACCUGCGGUCUUCUAUAACCCCCGGUACAGUUCUCAUUCUUCUUACAGGAAGACACAGAGGCAAGAGGGUGGUUUUCCUGAAACAACUCCAAAGUGGCCUCCUGCUAGUCACUGGUCCUCUGGCUCUAAACAGAGUGCCGUUGCGCAGAGCUCACCAGAAGUUUGUUAUUGCCACCAAAACAAAAAUGGAUAUGUCUGGAAUAAAAAUUCCCAAGACGUUAACUGACUCCUACUUCAAGAAGAAAAAGCUUCGUAGACCCAGGCAUCAGGAAGGAGAGAUUUUUGAUACAGAAAAAGAGAAAUACCAGAUUACUGAGCAGCGGAAGAUUGAUCAGAAGACGGUUGAUUCUAUGGUUCUGACUCAAAUCAAGAAAGUCCCACAGUUGCGUGGUUACCUGAGAUCCACAUUUUGCCUGUCCAAUGGUGUUUACCCACACAAACUUGUCUUCUAAAGCUGUUGUACAAUAUGACAUAUUAAAAUGUGCAUUUGACCUUGA